AUGGCGUUCGGACUCGUCCCCGCCUUUCGCCGCGCCGCCGGAGCCAGCAGCACCACCGGCACCACCAGCAAGGCUGCUACCACCGCGGCGGUGCUGCUGCGACGACCGCUGGUGGCCAGCACGACAGCGACAACUCCGUUUGCGGACACCGCGGCGACGACGGUAACGGCAACCUCGAGUGCUGGCAGUAAUGGUAGCACGACGCUGCUGCAGAGCAAGACUAUCCCUUUCCCGACUCCAACCGCGACGACGCCAAUCGCCGUCGACAACAGCGUGGAGGGAGCGGCUUCGGCUGAGAGCCAGAGUGGCAGCAGCAGCAGCAGCAGUCGGAGCUCCUCGUUCCCUGAUAUGAGCUCACGCUCUGUGGGCUUGUGGCUUGUCGGUAGCGCUGUCAGCGUCUUUGGAAUUGUCAUUUUUGGUGGACUGACGCGGUUGACUGAGUCUGGCCUCAGUAUCACCGAGUGGAAGCCCGUGACCGGAUCUCUGCCGCCAAUGUCCCAGGCCGACUGGGAGGAUGAGUUCACAAAGUACAAGGCCUCGCCCGAGUUCAAGAUGCUCAACUCGCACAUGAACCUGGCCGAGUUCAAGCAGAUCUACUUUAUGGAGUGGACGCACCGCCUCUGGGGCCGCUUCAUCGGCAUGUCGUUUGUCCUACCCGCCGUCUACUUUGUCGCCCGCCGCCGCGUGACCAAGCGCAUGGCGUGGACGCUGCUGGGCAUCAGCGGCCUGAUUGGCUUCCAGGGCUUUAUCGGCUGGUGGAUGGUCAAGUCUGGCCUCAAGGACGACCUGUUCGCACCCGGCAGCCACCCGCGCGUCUCGCAGUACCGCCUCACCGCACAUCUCGCCACGGCCUUUGUCUGCUACUCGUGGAUGCUCCUCGCGGGGCUCGGCGUCCUGCGCACGCGCCGGCUCGUCACCAAGCUCGAGCCCGCCGCCGCCAUGGCGCACCUCGCCGCGCUGCGGAACCCGGCCCUCCUCCCCUACCGGCGCCUCGUGACCCUCCUCACCGGCCUCAUCUUCACCACCGUCCUCUCGGGCGCGCUCGUGGCGGGCCUCGACGCGGGCCUCAUCUACAACGAGUUCCCCUACAUGGGGCUCGGCCUCACCCCUCCGCGCAAGGAGCUCUUUGACGACUUCUACUCGCACACGCCCGACCGGUCGGACCUCGUGUGGCGCAACAUGCUCGAGAACCCGUCCCUCGUGCAGCUCGACCACCGCAUCCUCGCGACCACGACCUUCUUCUCGGUCCUCGCCCUCUUUGCCUACUCGCGCCGCGGGCAGGCGGGCAAGCUCGCCGCCGCCAUCCCGCCAGACGUCCGCAAGGCCACCCUGGGCCUCGUCCACCUCGUCAGCCUCCAGGUCGCCCUGGGCAUCAGCACCCUCAUCUACAUGGUCCCCGUCCCGCUGGCCGCCGCGCACCAGGCCGGCGCCCUCGCCCUGCUCACGGGCGUCCUGAUCCUGGGCCAGAGGCUCCGCGUGCCCAGGAGCACGCUGAGGCUCGUCCAGAAGCGCCUCGACCAGGUUGCUGGUGGCAAGCUGCCGCCGCGGUUGUAA